AUGUGUUAGAUGUUUAUAAAUCUUGCAAUGAGCUUCUUGAGUAGUUUGAUACAAAAAAAGCAACAUCUUAGGCCUUGUCAAACCACAGUAACUUCUCCAGAUGGCAGAGUUCACAAAGAGAUUAUUAAAGAUGGUAAAUGUGUGCACUUGCCACAGACAGAUUCAUUAGCACCUGGCUAUGUUGUUGAUACGAAUCCUGAUCUGCAGGUUGCUCUUGUAUUACCAGGUCUUUGCUGUGGCUCCCAGGAUGUUGUACAAGAUGUUAGUCUUCUUCAUAAUUAUGGAAUAACACACAUAUUAAGUUUAGGUGUGAGAGUUGAACAGUUUGAUGGUUUUGAGUAUAAAUUUGUUGAAGCUCUGGAUCUACCUGACACAGACAUUGUAUCAUUUUUAGAGCCAAGCUUUGAGUUUUUAAAAAAAGUGAAAGACAGUAAUGGAUGUGUGUUUAUUCACUGCAAUGCUGGUAUAUCUAGGUCUGCAACUCUUGUAAUAGCUUACCUCAUUAAAGAAUGUGGAAUGACAUUUACAGAAGCAUUUGCAUACUUGAAGGAGAGAAGGGAAGCAAUUAGACCAAAUGAUGGGUUCAUCAAACAACUUAAACAGUACGAAAAUUCAUUAAAAACCACAAUUUAAUAGUAUCAACAUUGAUAUAUUAUAUAAUAAUCUCCAGUGUAAAAACAAAUUUGGAAUGUGUGCAAAAAUAUAAAUAAUUAUAUAAUGUAUGUAUAUAUUAAGUACAUCAGUAUAAAUUAUCAGGUCCCCAGUGAAUUCAGUAUGAGCAAAUUCUUACAGUAUUAAAACCCCUUCAGAGUCUCCAAAUUAAAACAGCUUGUUAAAAAAGAAUUGAAAAGUUUAAAUAUUUUUUACAAAUAUACAUUUCAUAUACAUUUUCCAUUAUAGUUUGUACAUUCUUGUUACAUUGGCUAAGCCACUAAGCUGUGGAAUGGUACACGAUGACUUCUGCACCUUUGUUCAUUCUCCAUUUAAGGGUGUUUUUAUAGGAAAAACGUUGUUCAUUGGCAAUGAAUGCCAUAAAUCGACACUGUGAUGUUGUAGUACUGUGACUUUUAUGAUUACAAUAUCCUGAGUCAUCAAUAUCUUAAUGGUACAGAGUGUUAUAAGAUCUAAGCCUGCUGGAUAAAAUUACUCUCAACUUCAUGAUGGAAGUCCAUUUAGAAGUUAAAACUGUUGUGAUUCAAAUAAUUUCUUUAGGUCACAUUCAACUGAGAUUAUAUUACAGUGAUGAAGGUGCUGCCUGUGAUGCAUAAAUUUAUUUGGACUGAUUAGUUUUGAAGAAAGCAGAGCAUCCUUGUUCUUGAAUAACAGCAACAUAUUUUAAGUAAGCAGGGUUAUUUCAUCAACUCAGCAAGAGGUCUUAUGUUACUAAUACUCUACCAACAUAUGUAAAUGCCUAAUAAUAAAUGCUACUAAUACUGAGCA